AUGUCAGCACCACAGACGACCACAUUUGACGUCCAAACUAUCCUCGGCCGUCGUCGCCGUUCUUCCGACAACGCCACAUCAUGUGGCAUCGGUCUAGAAGGCGAAUCAAGGCCACGCAAGAGGCAGAGAACCCAGGGGAAUUUCUUGGGUUCCCUGGCCCUGCUCAGCACGCACACCGCGUCCACGGUCUGCGAUCUUGUGCCCUCGCUUGAAAACACAAAACAACAAACCGAAAGCGCCGUCGACGUAGCAGCGACAGCACCUGCGCAUAACGCAGACAAUACUGAGGUCAUCGACCAUUUUCCCGUGCCAGCCUCGGUUCGUAGCCGCAUCGAAGAGAUCUUUGACAUUUUGACCGGGCGCAUACCCCUGUGCGCCCUCGAUUUCGACGUAAAACUGAGGAUGCGCGGCGAACUAAGGGUCCUAGAAGAAUGCUGGAAAAGAUACAAGACAGCGGUAAGAGAUGCGGGCGGGGACCUACCCGUCGGAUUGAUUAGAGCCCGCCACAAGCUGGAUUGGCUGGAGGUGAUCAGGGAUCGAUACCGGGAUGACGAGACGGCGCCUGAGGAGGACGAAUCGAUAUACUGGGAUUGGCACAGCCCAGAGGAAGGAUUAAUCCCCCUCAACGAACAAGACGCCCGGGCUGAAGAGAAGAUCGCCUCGAAAGCUGCAAAGAUUCGCAGGAGGAUCUUGAAGCCAUGCUUCACCAUGGAUGAAAUUCUGAAGAGAUUCCCCUUGGAGAAACCAGCCGUGCCACCGGAAAAGUGCGACAUCGCUAUAGAGAUCGUCGAACCUCCUGAGCCCUCCGUCGAGGACGAGAACGAUGUCUACGAAUAUCAAGACGAGCACUUCCUCACGACGACGGAAAGGGAUUUCCAUCCUACGCCUGUUCAGCUGGACAUGGAAAAACGGAUAGUGGAGAAGGCCGUAAAGGAGUGGCUGAGGGAAGAGGAGAGAUCUCUCAAAAGGAUGGUUGAAGAGACGUUGGUGGGUGAAGAGAAUACAAGACCCACGCCAGAGUGGGAUGACGAUGGCGAUGAAUCUUCGAAGACCGAAUCACAGGCCGAGCAAGGCAAUGGGGAGGCGAGCGAACAACCUACAGCUUAG